AACUGGGGCAGACAGUUGGGAUUGGGCAAAGUCAGAGGCCAGAAAACAUCGGAAAUCAGUUCUGCUGAGCCUGACUGACAUGGUCCACUUGUGCGUGUCCAUUUCAGAUGAUGGUGUCAGGCUCGAGUCUGUGCAGAACGGUUCACCGAAAACAGUGCAGCGUAGGGGAAGGAGGGCAGUCAGCAUGGCUACUCUGCGGCGCCAACCGGGAUCCAGAACAUCCUCAACCCGUCAGAACCGUGGCUCCUGUUCGUCUACCGCGUCUUGCCCCGUCUUCUCUGGACCAUACAGUGACCAAGAGGAAGACCCGCCAAUGCGCCGCCAAUCCUCACCUUUACUCAAAGGAUCUCUUUCUAGUCUCCACAGGUGUACCAGCCCAAGCCCCAAAGGUUCCCUUUCUAAAGGGUCUAUUCCCUGUUUUCAAAGAUCUUUACCGAGUCUUCAAGGAUCCCUCCCCAGUUUCCAAGGUGUUUCACCCAACGUGGGAGGAUCAAUUUCUCAGAUGAAGAGGCGGUCUCUUGGCAGCCUGGACGACUCCAGCCCCAGUCCCAGUGAAUGGAGUACCAGCUGCAGCCAACAGAGUGGCAACGGCAGUUCCAGUGAUGAUGACGAAAGUUGGGACACAAAUAGCUGGAGCUCAGGGGCCACCUGCCUGCUACGGACUCCUGUUAAGCAAGAUAGCACUGAGACAUCAGAGAAUUCAGGUAGGAAGUCUUGCACCACUGACCAGGCUCCUGCAAUAGCUGAGCCUGAAAUUAUAUACCAGAAUCUUAUCUUCUCGCACCCUGUUGCUAAAACUAAAAGCACAGGAGAUUGUGCUCCUGAGAGGGUUUCCACAAUACCAAGGAAAGGUGCAGGAACUCCGAGUGUUUCCUCGUCUCAGAGACGUGAUGCUACAGUCUCAUUUCAACAACCACAUGAGAAGACCGAGGACAGACAUCAAUUUACACAGUUUCUGAAUGAGGUGACCCACAGGGUGCUGAAUUCCAACGGUGGACCGCCACAACAGAAGUCCACACUCCGACAUCGCUACCAGUCUCCACCACCACAACCACCAGCAGCAUCAUCAUCAUCACCGGCCCCACUAACAGCUACACUGCAUCAAACACCAAUGAACCCUCCUCUGACACCGUCUGCAGCAGCGGCGGCAGCAACAAACCUGUGGUACAGCCCAACAAGUUCAAACCUCCACACCAUCAGGGAGUACGAUUUAAAGGACAUUAACUCUUCUAUCCACCAAUGGAGCAAGAGUUUACCCAGCUGUAAGGUCUUGGAGCCCAGGGACAUGCUGAGGACAUCUAAAGGGGAAAGUCACUCAUACCAAGAGCACAACCUGGAGCUGUGUACAAAGGUCCAGGCGCAGCCCUCCACUGGGAGACUUUAUUUAGAGACAGAUAUUGACAGAGUGAGGAGACUUGAUGAAAUGGUAGCUAAUGGCACACUGGGAAAAGGAAGGGAUGAGAAAGGUAUGGAGAAAGGGAAGGACUGGGAAACCAGGGAUCCAUUGGAGAGAAAUGGAGGCUUCGGGACGGAGAAAGGGAACGAGAUGGAGAAGAGAAAAGAGAGAGACACAAGGGGAGACAAAGGCAAAGAAAAUAACAAAGGGAGAGAAAGAUCGUACUGGGAGAAAGACACAAGCAUCGAAAGAGGACGGCAGAAAGAGAAGAAAGUGAUACACAUGAGUCAUAAGCCCCCUCCUCCUCAAUCGUCUUCUGGUGGAAGGAAUAGCCCCUGCCCUAUCUUCAGGUGGCCAGAGGGAUUUCCCAGAAUGUCCUUUAGGUCCACCUCACUGCCCAGACCUGUCAAUAUGCAUGAGUCUGAUGGAGAGAUGCAGCGUGACACAAGCUCUUUCCAUGACCAUAAGGACGACCUCCGCAAGCACCUGUCCUACACCACCCACAAACUAGAGAUGGUGGAAACAGAGUUUGAGUCCACUCGGCAGUACCUUGAGACGGAGCUCCGCCGAGCUCAGGAGGAACUGGAGAAAUUUACGGAAAAACUACGCAGGAUCCAGAGUGGCUAUGCAGCUCUGCAGAGGAUCAACCAGGAUUUGGAGGACAAGAUGCACAGGACGUCACAGCACCAUGAAGAGGAAAAGAGAGCCCUCAGCCGCGAGAUCAUCGUCCUCAACAACCACCUCAUGGAAGCCAAAAUCACCAUUAAUAAACUCAGAGAGGACAAUGACCUUUACAGGAAAGACUGCAACCUGGCUGCUCAGCUCCUGCACUGCUCAAAGUCUCACUACAGAGCACACAAGAUGUCUGAGCUGCCUCUGGAUUUCCAGGAACGCAUCAGCUCCCAUAUGGAGAAACAUACUCGGGGCAGCGGAGCCACCAUUGCAAUGUGCCACUCCAAUUACACCGACACUGUGCCCACAUCACUCAUCGCCAAGGUCCUGGAGAAGCCUGAACCAGGAAGCAGUUGCCCAGUAACGCGCUCACCGAGCCCGCAACGGCAAGAUGGAGAGUUUCUUACAGGAACAGGAAGUACUGACCACCUGAACCGCCGCAUUGCUUACAAAAGCUCCGAUCUGUACUGCAGCGACACUGCCCUCUACUGCCCUGAGCGAUGGCAAGAAACGGAGCGGAGGCAAAGUGUGGACUUACAUGGCACCGCGCUGCUUCAACUCCACGCCCAGAACUCCACCGAUAGCAACCUGGAAGAAGAGGCCUACCACUCUGGAAGUUUCUCUCACCAUGAGCCUCCAUCCUCCUUCCAUCACCAUGAUGACUUUGGAACUGGCAGCCUCCCGGCUUCCAGUUCCUACUCCAGCUUCAGCCUCGCUUCAGAUGAUAAGGGCGGAGUGAUUGGCGGGUGUGGGCGCACUGCUAGUAGCACCUUGUCCUCUUCCCAUCAGGGGCUCUAUAUGGAAUGGCGAGACGGUGGCAGUGGUGACUAUGAGCAUAAAGGCAUGCCCUCGUAUGAAAAAGAGAGUCCAAGUUUCCCUAAGUCUCACAGCAUCCAGCACAUGGCAGCUCCCAGGAGUCCACAAAAGGGCAACUCACCAGCGUACACAAGGACAGCUUCAUGCUUCAGUGAACCGUACCACCCCAGCUCCCCUCGCUUGGCCUCUUCUCACAGUAUGGGUUCCACAACUGGACUGGGCCAAGCCCGUGACAGAGCUCUGGACAUCCAGGUCCCCGAGGAUGACCUCAGCACCCGCUGGAGACAGCUCAGCGUGGAAGACAUCAACACAUUCUCCUCCUCCUAUGGUAACAUUCCUGGUCGGGUCUCUCCGUACAGUUUCUCUGAGCAACACUUUGCCAUGGGCCCCUCCAGUAAGGUCAAAGGAUCUCUCUACAGCAGCUUCCAAGAUGGAGAUGAAGUCUUCCAUAGCCGCAUGCUCGACCAGUGUUUUGCUAUCGGUGCCCCUUCGCCUAGCCGUACUCCCAAACCAACAGAGCAUCACAAGCAGGAGAAAACCUCUGUACUGUACAGAGCCAAGGACGACAGUCAGGACUCAGAGUGCAGUCUGUUCCUCUCAGGGAGCUCGAAAGACAAGGAGAGCAGUGUGGGAGCGACAGGGUCCAGCAGCGCCAAGAAGGACUACGUAAACCUGAGCGCAGACAGCUCGGCCGAGUCUUUACAUCAAAGCUCACUGGAGGCCUCAAGUCUUCAACACUACCCCAGUCCUCGGCCAAGCGUCCGGCCUCGUCCCAGCUCCAGCUCCGCUCUCAGUAUUGGCCCCGCACUCCCAAAGAAAACUUCUCCAAGAUACCAAAAAUUUGGCAGCACGGGACUGACGAGGAAAGACAGUUUGACCAAGGCACAGCUUUACGGUACACUACUGAACUGA